UUUCGGAGAUGUCUGCUCCCGCUGGCGGGGCGCUCCAUGUUCGGUACACCGAGAGAGAACCCAUGUUUUAAAAACCCGAUAGUUUUCCCCUAUGAGUGGAGGGAAAACACAGAUAUUAAGCCAGUGCUGGCUGUGGAAGAACAGGAGCUCUGUGUGUCAUUGAUUAUACAUGGAACCUCCUCAGGAGUCAGAUGAUCACGUCAGACUUCAGCAUCUAUAACAUGGUUCAAGAAAUGAGAACCCAGAGGCCAUCUGUAGUUCAAACCAAGGAACAGUAUCUGCUCGUCUACAGAACUAUCAGGGAACUGUUUUGGAGGUAUUUGCAAACUAUGGAGACACAAAGCUGCAACACAGAGGUGACGAUGCUUCAAUCAGCUGUUGCUGCCACAAGUGAAAAUGAUCUCUCUGACGAGAGCGAGGAGCUCGACUUAACCCCACAGCAUCAACUCCUGCUUGAAGAAGAGGGGGGUUAUUUCCAACAAUACAAUUAUCCUUUGGCUCAGGCUUCAGAAAAUAAAACUACCUAUAAAUAUGGAGACUUACAGUGGGUCCAGCAACAACACAACCCAUCCCACGCCAUACCAGAGGCUGUGAAUGCUACGCAGGACUUACAUGAGAGAGCGACCAACUCUCCUAAACCUCUACAUACCAGCCCUGCUGCGCUUACGAGUGAGAGCAUACCAGACAAAGACGACACCUCUGUACUGAAUUCUUCAUCUUCACCUGCUGUGCCUGAGGCUGUGUGUCUGAUGGUGGAAGACCCCUAUUUUGACACUCCUUUGAGCUCCCCUUCAUCCGAAGAGGCUCUAGUGGACGAAGGACAAGACUCCAAAUGGACAUGCAGCCCGCUCUUCAGCGCACCUUCUUUUCUCUUGAACGACCAGAACAUGGAACCCAGCUCUCCAACCUCAGCUCCAGCCGAUGAUGAGGCGCCUCCACCGUUGCCCGAACGAACCCCUGAAUCUUACUUCCUGGCUGAGGAGGAAGAGCUGCCAGAUCCAUGUGAAAGGUUGUCGGUUAUCUUUCCACCAAACGCUGCUGCUGAACCAAUAGGGGAGCAGACAGGAAGCCCCCCGUCACCUGCCCCACCGCUACCAGAGAGAACCCCAGAAUCAUUUGAAUUAGCCUCGGAUCCAGUUCCUGUCAAACCUCAGGCAAGGGUGCCACUGGGAGUGAACCUGGGCGUAAUAGGACUGUCUUCAGAAUGGUCGGGAACUUUGACUCCAGAAGAUGCAAUUCAACAGGAAAAAACAUUUGUGAGAAGUAAGAGCCUCAGAGCAAAAAUGACUCUCUCAGCUCCAACUUCAGUAAUGCAACUUGAUCAAACAAAUUUCCACAAUUCCAGUCCACCUCCGGUCCCUAUGACUCCACCACCUCUUCCUCGCACUGAGGACAGUCUGGCAUCACCUGUUGCUAAAAGAGUCCCAGAGUCCUUCCCCUUCCCUGCAGAAACGACUCAUGACAGAAAUAUGCAGCGCCCUCUUUCCAUGGGGUCAGCACAGCCGCUUCCAAGGGUGGGAAUGUCAUCAGAGUGGGAUGGCAGCUCCCAGCCCAAGAAGUUCCUGGAUGCUGUCAUGAACCGGAGCAAGAGUGUUCGUGCUAAAAGCUCACGUUCAGAGCCCCUCAGUGCAUUUCCGCAGCUCACUCCUCUUCCUGUGGUCGCAGCUGAAGGAGGAAGUGCGCAAGUGGAACAACAGAAUAUAAACCACAGGCCCACCCCAAACAGUGACAGAUCAGGAAGCAAAGCAGACAAAAGCAGUGAAAAGAGCAUGUUGAGAACAAAGAGCCUGAAACUUUUUAGGCAUAAACCAAAACCUAAAACAGCCCCUCCACCGCCUCCAACUCAGGCUGGAGCUACAGCCACCUCACAUAGUAGCUCAUUUACUGUGUUUAAAUUUGGAUUUGGGAACCGUUUUGGAAAGCCAAAAGGUCCUCGGAGCUAUCCGGAGACCUGGAUCUGAAGAGACUUGGCCUCAAAAUGAUACACUGCACUACUCAGUGACUUUGGGACAGAAGCAGGUUUAUUACAAAUUUGUCAAGAAAACAUCCGACACAGCAGAAGAAGAGCAAAGAAAAGCUGAAACAGGAGUUUCUGUGCAGCUGCACCUCCCAUCAGGAAACACGCAGGAAGGGCCCAGUCUUUGUGCAAUUUAUAAAGUAAAGCAAAUAUUUAACUGCUGAACAGUGCCUUCUAUAAAACGAAAAGCAACAUCGACGCAAGUGGGACUUUAAAUAUUCGAAUAUGAGAAACCGCUUGGAGUGAGUUUCUGUUUUAUUUUGUGCUCAAGGCGAAGCUGUUGUGUUGUGGGUUAGGACUAAAUUUAAAUGUGCAUGUGUGUGAUGAUUGUGAUCGCAUGUAUGCUUUCAGCGUGAAACAAGAAAACGGGUAUAACGAAUCCUCACGAGCGCGACACUUUGUCUUUCAACCAGAGCGGACUUCGCAUCGUUCACUGCUUCUUUGCCGUGGUAUUUAAAAGCGAUGUGAUGAAACGGAUAUCCUGAUAAAUAUUGAAUGUCAUGCAUAUGGAUAUGCUGCAACUGAACAUUUAUUUAUUAAAAAAUAUGUCUUUGCAUUCAAAUUAUUGAAUUAUUUUACAAUGGUGAACAAUGUAUGCUUCCUGUAUCUUUCUGUCUGUGAUUUAUGAUGCCAACAAGUUAGGGAAAAGAAACAAAAUCUAAAAAUCUUCAAGAAAGAAGAGCUACAAGAAGUCAAAUAUGGAAGGCAUAAUAACAUAGCAAAAAAUCUAUUCUGUGAUUUAGGAAAGCCAAACUAUUACGUGUAAAGUAUUUGCUACCAGGUACUUAUUUCCCAUUUCAGUCAUCAAAAAAAUAGAAGCCUUCAGUGUUAAGUUAGUCUAAUCAUGCAAAAGGCACUAGGUAGCACAACGUCACUUCCUUCCUUCUAAACUUCAUUCUGAAAACAAGAAACUGAAGGCCUCAAUCUCCAUCCAACGUCUGGACGCUUUGGAACAUCAUUUCUAGCCUUCAUCCUAUACAUUCUUUCUAAAACUACCUAAAGUCAUCACCUUACGAAGGAUUUUGAUGAAAAAAACAAAACAAUAAAACCAUCACAACAGUCACAUGAUCUCAGCUAUCACAACGACAUAUUACGCUCCAUUUUCAUUCUAAACAUGAAAAACGACUCACUAUUAUUGCCAAGUGCAACUUUUGCAGUUCCUUUGUGAUUAAAAGAUGCUCGAGAUACCGGAUCAGAAAGCAGAAUCUGCAGAAAAUAAAUAUAUAAAAAAAAAAGGUACAAACAAUCAAACAAGUUCACAUAUAAAACAAAGUUUGAAUUAUGACUUUAUAAAUACAAACUCAUAGCUGGCAAAAAAGAUUUAAGUGCUUUAAGUUUACUAACAUAAUUGCAUGAUGCUUUUAAAGGGGGAAAUUAGUCCACUUCAAAGCGGCUUCAGACGGCCUUCGGGAUCUCAGAAAAAGUCAUUUCAGUUUAAAGGCAGACUGGAUACUCACCCACAAGAAUCAAAUGAGAAAAUGUGGAACUUCAUUUUAAACUUGAGAAUCCUGCACGUCCUCUGCCAUGUACAGCGCUGCUGUGGAGGAUCAUACCUGGGUAAACACUUCCUCCUUUUUUAGUCGCAACAAAGAAAUUAAUUCAUGAACCUGAUGAGACAUUGUUCGUGCUUCCUCUUCUCUCAAAACAAUUUUCCCAAACAUAUUGAAUUGCAGACAACAGAAAACCUUAAUCUUCCCACAGGCGCUCAGCAACAAGUUAACGUGCAAUUUGGAGGUGUGGACAUUUCUUAGCAGCUUUUCUCAUACUAAUCUUUACAUGGAUACAGACUAGUCAUCACAUGUUUAUAUGUCUUAGUGUGAAGAACAUGGUGAGAUCCUUUUUUCUUUUGUUGAAGCCAGAGUGGCGUCAGAAUGCCAAGCACAUAUCUGCUGUGGUGUUGAUGGUGUUGUAAGACGUUAAUUUAUUUGUGUAAUGCCUGCUCUGUGUGGCCAGGGUUGGGCUGGCUUGUGGUCAGUCCUGCUACAAAUUCUUGGUUCAGUGACCAAGCACACCAGCGAGGGCCAUGAUGUGAAUUUGUGUCUCACACCAUGGAUAUGCUACUACUGUUGCCAUCAGGCUGCCAGUUCCCAGAUAUGCUGCCACCCUGAUAAUAAGUUACAACAGUCACACCACUGAAGUUUUGCACAUGGAGGGAGGAGAGUGCUUUAAGCAUUACUGGAUUCUCUGAAGAAUUGACAUCCAGUUUCUGGGGGAUUUUCAAUCUCACUUUGACAUAAAGUGACCCCAACCAAGCCAAAUUAACACCCUGCCCCCGCUGCGCUGAGCUCACUGCACACAGCUGCCCAUGUCUCCAAAUCAAUCGAAUAAAAAUACAUAAUCCCGGGCUUAAAGUGAUCGUCAUAAGAUUCAGAGGUCAAACAUGAUAACAUGGCAGGUUCAUGCAGCUGAAGAACGUCUGUUAAUGAUAAAGAACACAUCCAGGUUAAUGGGUGAAUUGGUUUCCGAGAAACAACUUCACCGUGAAA